AUAAUACUUUCAUUCAGUGGUUUUAUGAUCCAUACAGCAUGAUUGUAUUUCACCAGUUUAUAUGAUAGUGAAUUUAUUAUUAUACAUAUAGGACCUUGCACAUACUUGAGUUAAAUAAUGUAUCAAAGCAGUUUCAGAGAGGAUUAGCUGCAGGUAGAUUUACAAAAGAUAAUCUGGUGACGGAACUAAUAGUAGUGUUUUUAGAGACAGAAGUGAGCUAUGGAGAGCCUAGUUGUCGAUUGGACCUGGGAUACAGGCCACUAUCCUGUGGCCGUCGCCAGUUUUGUCUUUUCGCUACUCCUCCACUCGUACAUAAGCCCGUUUCUGACCAGCAUAUUGGUCCCGACUGUAUCCAGUCUGCCCCAUGGCAAGCAGCUCUACUGGCAUUCCAGUGUUGUGUCAAGUGUUCAUGCCAUAGUCGUGAGCGCAUUCUGUGUAUAUUCAUUUAUGACUGAACCACAGCUUAAAGAAGAUCCAAUAUGGGGUGACAGUAAAACUGUAAAGAACUCUUGUGCAAUAGUUAUAGGUUACAUGACUGCGGAUACAAUAAUCAUGCUGCGAUAUAGACAGCAUGUUUGUGACAAAUUCUUUCUCUGCCAUCAUGCAGCAUCUGUGUUUGCCUACUUUUAUGUCAUGACAUUUGGAGUGUACGUCUACUUUGCUAAUUUCCGACUGAUGGCUGAGUUUUCCACAGUGUUCGUGAAUAACAGAUGGAUGAUGGCAGAGAUCGGAUGGAAGUCUAGCCAGCUGUAUUUUUACAAUGGCGUGGUACUGACCGCAGUGUUCUUUGCGUGCCGCAUCCUAUGUAUGCCCCAGUGUUGGUACAUGAUAUAUUCCAUAUACAAUACUGAGCCAUUCAUGAAGUCAGAGACUGCACGCUAUGUUCUGAUUUCCUCAUGCUUUGCUCUGGACAUUUUGAAUGUUUACUGGUUCUACAAGCUCUUAAAAGGUGUCUUGAGGACUCUAGAACAGCGUAAAUUAGAUAACAAUAAGAACGAGGAGUGGAAAUCAGAAUAAUUUGUGAUAUUUGUUGAGACAUUGUGAAGGGAAAUGUUUUGUUAAAAAUCAGUGAAGUAGAGGCAUCAUUGAAGAGUAAGGCUGCGUAUUUUGCUUGUAUAUCUUACAAGAUCCUUUCGAAACAAACAAAAAGGUGAUUGAAGCAGAACAAUUUGUGAUAUUUUAAGAAACAGUUUUUUAUGCAUUUGUCAAAUAUUAAAAGCACCUGUUUGUUUUUAUGCCCCCGAAAGAGGGCAUAUAGUGAUCGGACCGUCCGUCCGUCUGUCUGUCUGUCUUUCCAUCACACUUUGUGUUGAGGUUUUGCGUUUACGUUUUGAAAAAUGCUCAUAACUUCUAUGUUGCUUCAGAUAGCAACUUGAUAUUUGGCAUGCAUGUGUAUCUCAUGUAGCUGCACAUUUUGAGUGGUGAAAGGUCAAGGUCAUCCUUCAAGGUCAAAGGUCAAGUAGAUGGCUUCAAAGCGGCGCAGAAGGGGGCAUUGUGUUUCUGACAAACACAUCUCUUGUUAUUCUUAAACCUGGUAAGUAUAUCCUUCAAAAUCAUGUUUGUGCGUUGUUUUGUUUCACGUCCGGUUGGCUCAAAAAGAAAUAUUGGAUAAUGACACAAAUGUUAAUUUGAGUAUUGAAAAAUGUCUGGAGUACAAGAUAGGUAUAAUACUUAGAACUAUGUUGUCUGUAUAUCAUAAAAUAUUAUUAUUCGCAGUUGUGAUUUCACUGUACUAUAGGAUUCAAAUGUGCAUCUUGACAUUAUCAUUUCCUGUUUUUUUAUUAGCAUUUAUUUACCAUAUAUUUACUACUCCUUUAUUUUUUACAAAAAUGCUGCAUUCUGAUUUGAUAAUCAAGCCUCUUUACCAGUUUUUAAUGUCUCAGUUAACAUAGUUCAUAUGGAGAUUAAAUCAUAAAUAAUUAAAUAUGCAUGCCAUUUUGUUUUAACAAAUGACUAAUUACAUCAUUUAUGGGCAAAACAGAACAAUAUUACUUUUUACCGCUCAAUCUGUUGUAAUACUUGUGAGCUAUCAAUGCUAAGGUUGUAAGACAAAUAUGAAACUGAAACUGAAAUGGUAUUCUGACGACAUCAUUUAUGGCUUUUUUGAGUGUUAAAAUACAGCUUAUAUAGCAUUUUUCUGCAUUUCAUCAGUUUAUGAACUCAGUUUGAAGUUUUAACUUUCUUGCAAAUUACGCCUUCUUUAUGCAUUAACGCCACUUGUGCAAAUUAGCAGUAAUAAAUCUCACAGUUCAUACACCAAUGAAAUUCAGAAAAAUGCUUUUCAAUUCUUAAGAUGUGGAAAACACAAAUAUUUAUUUAUGUCUGCAGGUGAAUUUUCUUUAAAAGCUUCCUUUAAAUAAAAUAAAAUAAGCUUGAGAUUUUAACCGUGUGCAUUUAAAUUAAAUGUAUACCCUACAUGUUUCUUGUUGAUUUUUAGCUCGGCUGUUUUCGGAGAAAACCUGAGAUAUUUUUAUAGCCAGCUCCUCGUGUCCGUAGUCGUGUCCGUUGUCGUAUCCGUCGUCGCGUAGUCCGCCGUCCGCGUCGUGCUAAAACCUUGAAAUUUUGUCAAGCUUUUGAACAUUGGCUCUAAAAUCAAAGUGCUUCAACCUACAACUUUGAAACUAACUUCAUAUGUAGCUGCACCUUGAUGAGCUCUACAUGCCACACCAUUUUUGUGUCACUAGGUCAAAGGUAAAGGUCACUGCGACCUCUUAAAUAAUAAAUAAAAAUUAAUUCUGACAAGCUUUCAUUUAUUCAAAACUGCACCUGCAGCCGAGCGUGGCACCCGUUUUGCGGUGCUCUUGUUUUUUCUGUUGUAAGUACCUGCUUUACCGGAUUUCUUGUUCCCAGUGUUCAUUAUUAUAUUGGGUAAAUUUCUUGACAAUAUCCUGUUAGAUAUGCACAGUUUCAGCUUCAUUCCAUGUUUGUGCAUACUACCAAAAAUGUCUACAGUGGGUGUUAAUACAAUAUGAAUGAUUUAAUAAACGUUGUUUUGAUAUGACAGUAUUUUUAUACGUACUGGUAGUACUAAUUAUAACGGAUAAUUUGAAUACAGUGAGGACAAUAAAAAUAUUAUUUAUAAAUAUUAGUAUAGUGUGUUGAUAAUUGUUUAUGAUCUACUUUUAUCAAAAUUGAAAAUUGGUUGAAAUCAAUAAUAUUAUGAUUGCAUUGAUUAUAUUAUUACAUUAUUAUUAAAGAUGCAUGAGUUUAAUCAAAUUUGCAUUGACCAAACAAUGAAUGUAUUUUUUCAAAAUAAGCUAUAUAUUUCUCAUAAUGUAUACACUGUAAAAUGUUACUGUUGCAUGUGAAGGUGUUAUCAUUUAACUUGUUGCUUUCAGUAAAUGCUUUAGAUUUAUGUAUGAAUUUUAAGCGUUGUGUUUUAUGCUUAGGUACAUUCCGUUUGGUUUUAUGUCUGUCAUCAUGGUUUUGAUAUCCAAUGAUUGUUUUGUUUUGUUACAGUUAAAGUUUCAUGUGUAUGUUUUGCUCGUAUAUGUAGUUUACAGUACCUAGUUGUCUAAUUGUUAACUAUUUGAUGUUGUUUGUGUUUUAUUCUGUGCUCCUUUCAAGCCUGACUAUUCGAUAUAUUUUAAUAUCUUUCUACUACAUGUAUUGUAGUCAAUGUUUUAUUGUUCUAGCUGUUUGUAUUUAAGUUGUUGUUGUUGUUUGUAGACAUUUAAAUUAAGUUAGUAGUACAGCGUGGGGUUCUGAAUUAAUUUUGCCUUAUAAAACCAAAAUAUUUUUCACAUUUGGCAUAAUAAAAAGUGACUUAACAGAAGAAACUUUUUGACUUUUGUUCAACCAUUACAAUGAGUAAUAUGUACUUUCCAUCUCAGGUGAAAUUGUGUAUAGCAAUUGUAUGGACACAUCCCUUAUCGUUAAGUAGUCAUUCAAAUGUUGGCAAUUGUAGAAGCGAUUCCUUCCAAAAUGAAAAGAUUAUUCCACAUGAUAAUGUGCUAGAUAUUAAGGAAAAACAAGAGUUAAUUGUUUUAAACCAUGCACAGGUUUGACAUGAUUAUUUUACCCCUACAAACGAAGUUUAGGGGGGUGUAUAGGAGUGAGCUUGUCUGUCGGUCGGUCUGUCUGGCAUUUGGUCCGUAUUAAGUGUCCGCUCUCUAAUUCAAGUUGUUUUCAUCCGAUCUUCACCAAACUUGGUCAGAUGUUGUAUAUAGAUCAUGUCUAGGUCAAGUUCGAAUAUGGGUCAUGCCGGGUCAAAAACUAGGUCACAGGGUUACUUAGUGCGUUUUAAACAUUGAGCAUGGUGUUCGCUCUCUAUUUCAAGUAGUUUUCAUCCUAGCUUCACCAAACUUGGUCAGAAGUUGUAUCUUGGUGAUGGCUAGGCCAAGUUCGAACAUGGGUCAUGGCAGGUCAAAAACUAUGUCACUGGGUCACUUAGUGCCUUUUAAACAUUGAGCACGGUGUCCGCUGUUUUAUGUGACGACAACAUGCAAAAUAUUCUGUGUCAAUGCGGCAUGUCGGGGUAUUCGUCACCUCUGUGACAAAGCUCUAGUUUGGUUUUCACACACACUUGCUAUUCAUUUAUAAAGUAACACAAUUAUGUACCUGGAAUGUUUUUGAUACUGUUAUUGUUUGAAAUGCUAGUUAAACUAAUGAAACUAUAGUAUAGUCUAUAAAUAUUAAACAGUACUCAUGUUAUUUAAUUUGAAAUUGAUUCAAACAUUCUUUUACCAUAUA